AUGUGGUACCAGAGCCUGGUUGAUUGGGCGACGGAGAUGACGGGAGGAUCGAAAUUCGAGGUCUCGAAAUUUGAUGGUCAUGGCAAUUUCGGAUUAUGGCAGACGAGAGUAAAAGAUUUAUUGGCGCAGCAAGGAAUUCAGAAAGGGUUGCGUGCAGAAAAGCCAAAAGGGAUGGAAGACGAUGAUUGGCAAGAUCUGCAGGAACGGGCGGCCGGGACGAUUCGGUUGUGCCUUGCAGAUGAAGUUAUGUAUCACGUUAUUCAUCUCAAAUCGGCGGAUGAUAUCUGA